AUGCAAGAAGCUUGGAGAGGAAAAAUAGGCUUGGACGAGGUGUUGCCUGUAGAACUUGAACAUAAAUAUAGACUUUGGGAGAAAACCAUGCAUUUCAUGUCUAAAUGUUCAAUAUCUCGAAGAUUGUUUGCUGAAAAUUACGAUGAUUUCACUCUGCACAUUUUCACAGAUGCUUCUGCCUGCGCUUACGCUACAUGUGCCUUCCUACGAUGUGAAUUCAAAGGACAAGUGAUGGUCAAACUCAUAGCAGCAAACGCUCGACUUGCUCCAAUGAAAAAAUCCACAAUCCCACGACUUGAACUGUUGGGAGCAGCUCUAGGCGCUCGAUUAGCAGAAACUGUGGAUUCUAUCCUACAAACUGCUUCUAAAACCUACUUUUGGUGCGAUUCAAUGGUGGUUUUAAGCUGUAUUAAGAAAAAGGAGCCAUGGAACACAUUCGUUGGAAAUCGAGUGAAGGAAAUCAGUGAUUUGAUCAAUAUAGAUGACUGGAGAAGUCAACCCUGCUGA